ACCAUUAGAAGCCAGUACAUGUGGUUAUCCUCUGCGCCGCCAGAGAAGUGUUAACAAACAGCUGCAGGGUUUGGUUAACAGACUAGUUUUCCUCUAUUCAGGUAGAGAAGAUUAGCAUUACGUGCUAAUAUCUGUUAUCCUCUGUUUUAGGCAGAGAAGAUUAGCGUAAAGUGCUAGUAGUUUAUGUUCAGGAAUCCUCUGCUUUGCCAGAGAAGGUUAACAACAGUUGUUCUGUGUUAACAAAUUUAUCCUCUGCUUGCCAGGGAGGUGUUAGAAGUGUAUUGUUGUGUCAGAAAGACAUUACAAAAUGUUGAGAAGGAAUGCUAGGUUGAUUCCCACAACUGAGAAAGGUGGACUAGCUACCCCUUUAUGGACAGACAAUGAGUUCAAAUCAUUGUUAGGUGAGCACAUGGACUCAAUAGUGACAGAGUCAGUCAGAUUGGAUUUGACAAAGAAAUUUGGUAUUGAUCCAGAAAAAGUAUGGUCAAUUGAAGAAUGCAAAAAGGUACUUGGGGCAUGUAUCAGAAAGAAAAACAUUAAAGGCAUUAUCUGCUGCCACAGAGAAUUUACCUUAUCCUUAGCACAAGAACAAGCUCAGUGUAUUGCUAAAUUAAAAGAACACAAUAAACAACUACAGACUAGAGUGUCCUGUCUCACUAAAAAGGUGGGCCAUAACAAGGCCUCAACCAAAAGUGAUUCAAAAGACCAACAGUCAGAUGAAAGCUAUCCUGACUUACAGUCUUUGUGUAGACUAGAGGACAAUAGCAAUACUGGAUUAAGAGAUAAAAAUGUAAAUGCAGUUGAAGUAUGUGGAGCGAGAAAAGGGGCUCAGAGUAGGGUAGAAGGUGUUGAAACUGUUCCAUCUGCAACCCCCAGACUCCAGUUACAAGCAGUCCAUACAGCGCUAGGACCUAAAGAUAUAGAGAGACUAUCCCAGAGCUUACCCUCAGCACGCACAAAUUUCUCUGAAUUUAGAAGAGCAUUGACUAGCAAAAUGCGUCUCUACGACAUGUCGUUAGCAGAAGUCACACAGCUGAUGUCACAAAUUCUAACUGAAUCUGAAUUCAACAGUUUUGAGUCUGCUGUUACUUCUGAACUACAACAUGCCAGUAAAGCAGAUUUGAGAGAAGGUGUUUCGAAAAUUCUAAAGAAUCUCGUGGGACCCAAAAUAGACUGGUCCAGAAUCACUAACUGCGUGCAAAGGAAAGAAGAAACUGUGAAUGAAUACAGUGAAAGGUUCUGCCAGACAGCUGUAACUUACAGUGGAAUAGUUGAUAAUUCUGAAAGUGUGCUAGAUGACAAGGGACCCUUAGUCCGCAUCUGGUCAGAUGGUCUUGUAGCUGAGUACAGAAAAGCCUUGACAUUCCUAGAUCUAACUUGGUCUAACAAAACUCUCAGAAGUAACCUAGACAUGUUAGCUAUUUGGGAAAGAGACUCUGAUGUUAAAGCAAGAGUAAAGAUUGCAGCAGCAUCCUUUCAGGUCAACACAAAGAACCAACAGAAACGUAAUUGUCCUAAGAGGGAGGGUAAUUGUCAUUACUGUGGUAAACGUGGACACUGGAUGAAAGAGUGUAGGAAAAACAAAAAGUAUGUAAGAGAAAUGAACAGUGUAAAUCAGCUCUUACUCAGUCUGCUUGCAACUCUGAAGCAGACCCUCCCCACUACACCAAACUCGUGGGGCAGCUUGCUGAGGUUCUAA